CAAGCACAGCAACGCGUCACUCAGCACUUUUGGACUGAACUGAACGAAUUGACGCUUGCAAAAAUAAACUAAACUAUAAACAAUUCUUAUUAUGGAAAUUGAAAACAAUGAAGAAAGUAUCAGGAGUUUUGUUGUAUUCGAUUUAGAAACCAAUGGCCUGCCAGAACAGCAAUUCAACGCUUGCUCAAUCACUGAGCUAAGCAUGUAUGCGUUUUCAUCGGAGUGCCUUAAGCAAUGUGCGCUGGACGCCCAGGAUUAUGUGAAAAAGUUCAAAACGGAUGAUUUAAUGGAAGGAAUCGCGAGAUUAGAUGUUGAAAUACCCGACUUACCAAGAUGUCUACAUAAAUUAACACUUAUGGUUAAUCCCAUGAGAAUGAUACACCCUGAGGUGGAAAGAAUAACUGGCCUCAAUAACGAAAUGCUGUGCGAAGAAUCACCUUUUGAUAAAAGAACAGCCAGUUGCAUUCUGUCCUUUUUGGAAAGACUAGAAAAACCCAUAUGCCUUGUGGCACACAAUGGUUGGAGAUUUGAUUAUCCGGUCAUGAAAUAUAUUUUCGAAAAAAUUAAUAUGAGCAUACCAGCGUCUAUAUAUUGUGUUGAUUCCUAUAAAGCCUUUAUUGAAAUUGAUGAAAAACAAAAGGAAAUUGAGAAUUUAGACACGAAACUAAAGGAAGACGAAGAAAGUGGCGAUGUGAAUAUUGAAUGUUAUCAGCAAACAUCAUCAAAUACAAAUAUCUGCGAGAAAAAUCCCCUUGAAGCAAAUGAUGACAUUGAUUGGCAAAAAGCUAAUGAAACGACUCCACAUCGCAGUAAAACCAAAGGAACCAAACGCAAGUUGUGCGAUACUCCAGAGCAAGUCAGUGGUGUAUCGAAAAAAUCUUUAAGCUCAUUUAAAUCACGUCGUGAAUUAUUUUCCAAACCAUUUCAACCAAAAAUGAAAUAUCCACCCAAGGAUAAAUUCAAAUUGGGUAAUAUUUUUGAACGCACUUUCAAGCAGCCACCUGUAGAUCUUCAUCGUGCUGAGUCGGAUGUGAUGAUUUUAACAAAACUAAUUCUACAUCAUGGCUUACUCUUUUUGGCAUAUGCGGAAGAGCGUAAAUUAUCGUUUGCUAUGGUCAACAAGUUGGGCCGCAGAGAUUGAAAAAAUUCAAUUUCAUCACUAGCCAUAAAGUUUUUAAAUUUAUUGUGCAUUUAAUGUAACUAUUUUAAACAUAAUUAUUAUUGUGAUAAAAUAUUUUUGUGCAUGCUCUAAUGUUUUAAACUAUAUGUCUAAAUUGUAAUUUAUUUUUUACAAUACAAUUUUAUAAACAGAAAA